AUGCCGGAUCGACGGGAAGCUGGAUCUGCUGCGCUGUUGAUCUUCUCCGACUUACACCUCGAGACCCACGCCUCGUACGACUUCCACUUUAGGCAGACAGCCCCCAAUCUCGCCCUCCUCGGCGACAUCGGGCACGCAGCACAUGAUGAUUUCUUUGUCUUCCUCCAGAAGCAGCUCCGUUGGUAUUGGAACGUCUUCUUCGUCCUGGGGAACCACGAGCCUAUCUCAUGCAGCUGGCCUGCUGCCAAACGGAGAGUCCGCGACUUUGCCGACAGGAUGGAGCAGCUGCGGGCUCGAUCCACUAUCGGACGCUUCGUUUUCCUCGACCAGACCCGGCACGAUGUCAACGAUACCCUCACCGUGCUGGGCUGCACGUUGUUUUCGCGCGUGACACCGGAGCAAGCUGCCGCGGUAGCUAGUCGCCUCAUCGAUUUCCAGCAGGUGCAAAACUGGACGGUCGGAGACCACGUCGAUGCCCACGCCUCCGACCUGCGAUGGCUGAAUGCGCAAGUGUCUGAGAUAUCGAGGUCGCAGCCCCAGCGCCAGAUUGCCAUCUUCACCCACUACAGUCCGACAAUGGAUGCGAGGGCCGUGGACAAACGGCAUAGGGAGAGCCCCGUCAUGUCGGGAUUCGCCACGGACCUCGGUGCCGAAGAAUGCUGGACCAAUCCGUCGGUGGUGAUGUGGGCGUUCGGCCACACCCACUUCAGCUGUGACUUCAGCGACGAGGUGGGGAAGCGGGUGGUUGCCAACCAGAGGGGGUAUGCGCUGGCUCUUGAGACUGCUUUUGACGUGGAAAAGGUGUUCCUUGUGGGAGGGGCCAAUGCAGGCAUGACGUGA